AUGGUCGAUAAGAAGUCAGAAACAUUAGGAUCUAUUCCUAAGGGCUCAACUCUUGACAAGAUAAACGUUGAUCUUAUCUUGAAUGCAGUUGCUACUAUUUUGCAAUCACAAAUUAUGGAGGACUAGGCCUCAAGCAAGAUUAUUGCACCAGGCAGUGAUGUGUUUUUCUUUUCCGAGGAAAAAUACAUUUUGGAGAAACCUGACGCAUUCGAUAAGGUAAGAAUUGCACUGCUUAGAGAAUCACCUUCAGUGGAAAAUAUUUUUGAAUUCAUGAAAGCUCUCUAUGAGUGUGCUCAGUUCUCUCCAGAGUGCUGCAUCAUCAGUUUAGUCUACAUUAACAGAAUGAUUGCUUUCACUGAAAUGCCAUUGCAGCCAACUAAUUGGAGACCGUUGGCCUUGUGUUCACUAUUGGUGGCCCAAAAAGUGUGGGAUGAUAGGUAUUUGUCUAAUGCAGACUUUGCAUUCAUCUAUCCAUUCUUCGUUACAGAAGAAAUCAACAAACUCGAGCAAAAGUUCCUUGAGUUAAUUCAAUAUAAUGUGACUGUAAAAUCAAAUCUUUACGCAAAGUAUUAUUUUGAGCUUAGAGGACUCUUCAAGGAUAAUGAGAAGGAAUUCCCACUUCAACAAAUCAACAGAUAGGACGCUGAAUUACUUGAACAAAGAUCAAGAGAGUAUAAGGAUAUUUUCGAGGGUGAAGGCCAAAAGGCUAAGAAGAAGGCUAAUUCCACAUUUGGGUAAUUAACGACAAAAAAUAUAUGGGAUUGA